ACUUCCGGCCGCCAUUUUGGGAAAGGGGCGUUUGGGGCUAGGCGCGUGCGUCUCUCUCAGGUGGAGGGUCGUUCGGGUGACGUCACUUCCGGUGUCCUUCUGGACUUUUCUCUCCCCGGAGGAGCAGCAGAAGAAGGUUGCCAUGGCUCAGAGCCUGAAGGACUUUGCAGGCCGCCUGCCUGCUGGCCCACGUGGGAUGGGCACUGCCUUAAAACUGCUUUUGGGCGCUGGAGCUGCAGCCUAUGGCAUCCGCGAGUCAGUCUUUACAGUGGAGGGUGGCCAAAGAGCCAUAUUCUUCAAUCGCAUUGGUGGGGUUCAGCAGGACACCAUUCUUUCAGAAGGACUGCAUUUCAGAAUUCCCUGGUUCCAGUAUCCAGUCAUUUAUGAUAUUCGAGCUCGGCCCCGGAAAAUUUCCUCACCAACAGGUUCCAAAGACCUGCAGAUGGUAAACAUCUCCUUACGGGUUUUGUCACGCCCCAAUGCUGCAGAAUUGCCCAGCUUAUACCAGCGCCUCGGCCUGGACUACGAAGAACGAGUCUUGCCUUCCAUUGUCAAUGAAGUGCUCAAAAGUGUAGUGGCAAAGUUUAAUGCCUCACAGCUCAUUACCCAACGAGCUCAGGUAUCUCUUCUUAUCCGUCGGGAGCUGACAGAGCGGGCAAAGGAUUUCAGCCUUAUUCUGGAUGAUGUAGCCAUCACAGAGUUGAGUUUCAGCAGGGAAUAUACAGCAGCAGUUGAGGCCAAGCAAGUGGCUCAGCAAGAGGCACAACGAGCUCAGUUCCUGGUAGAAAAAGCUAAACAGGAACAAAGGCAAAAGAUUGUUCAAGCUGAGGGGGAAGCUACAGCUGCCAAAAUGAUCGGUGAAGCUCUCAGCAAGAAUCCAGGUUAUAUCAAACUGCGCAAGAUCCGUGCUGCUCAGAACAUAUCCAAGACGAUUGCAGCAUCUCAAAACCGUGUGUAUCUUACUGCUGACAACUUAGUGCUAAAUCUACAGGAUGAAGGUUUUACUAGAGGAAGUGACAGUCUCCUGUUGAAGCAAGUGAAAAAAUGAAGUAGUGAUGGCCUCCUAGAACCCUCCAAAUAAUAGGGAGCAUGGGAGUUAUGGACAGCGCCCGGCACAUAUUUUCUGCCCAUAAUUAUUCUCCCUGGCCUGGGCAUUCCUUGCUGUUCUCAUCUCCACUUGUAUCAACUUCACAGCCCACCAAGAGCAAUUUCUGGCUAACCUGGUUUCUAUUUUUAAGAAUUAUCAACAGGAUUGAUAAUGACAUGGGGGAGAGGCUGUGUGCUCCCUUGGACACUGAACUGGUCUCUUCCAACCUAAAGGAUUGGGACCAGUUGAGCAGCAGAGAGGAUGCAAGAUCAUACCUUCUCAGUGAACUUACUCAGACCAUAUUGUUGCUCUCCUCUGCCUGAUGGAACAUGAGUGAGGCCUUAUACAUAACAUAGGCCAUCUCUCAUCUCAGUGGUGUCCUGCUGUCUCCCUGCCCCCCGUUGAACACCCCAUAUCAGGAACAGGUGGGUUAUGGGGCUUCUGCAAGUGCUGUAAUCUCCAUUUAUGUAAGUUUUGUCGCCUUGUAAUUCACACCUUUAUACAAAAUAAAAUCAGGUCCAAAUCUUCUGA